CAGGCGAACCCUGGGCCGCUGGAGUAGAACGUGUGAACUUAACUGCUGCACCACCGGGCUGGCCCCUGUGUCCUCUUCUAAUGACACCUGUGAUUGGAUGGAGGGCCGCCUUCAAUCAGGAUGACCUCAUCUCAAGAUCCUUCACCAAUUACAUCAGCUAAGACCCUUAUUCCAAAUAAGGUCAUGUUCUGAGGUUCCAGGGGUUAAGACGUCGACAUAGUUUUGUGUGUGUGUUAAAAUACGCAUAACGUAAAAUUUACCAUCUUGACCGUUUUUAAGUGCACAGUUCAGCAGUGUUGAGUGCAUUCACACUGUCGUGCAGCUGUCCCCACCAUCCGUCUCCAGGACUCUCUCCUCGUCCCAGACUGAGCCUCUGUCCGGUUAAAUGUUCACUCCCCCUCCCCCCACCCCAGGCACCCUCCGUCCUUGUUUCUGCAUCUGUGAGUGUGACUCUAGGGGCCUCGUAGAAGUGGGGUCGUCCAGCGCUUGUCUUUUUGUGCCUGGAUUAGUUCACUGGGCAUAAUGUCUGCAGGGCUCAUCCAUGUUGCAGCAGAUGUCAGAACUAACUUCCUUUUUCGCGUCAAGUAAGAUUCCGCUGUCUGUCCCUGCGUCGUGUGUCUGCCCUCCGCCGCGGGGCCCUGGCUGGCUUGCCCGCUGUGUCUGCUGUGAGCAGUGUUACAGCGAACCUUGUGUGCACACACCUCCUUGAGACCCUGCUUCCAGCUCUUUUGGGCAUAUGCCGCGAGGUGGGGCUGCUGGGUCUUUAGGAUAAUUCUCUGUUUGAUUUUUUGAGGAACCGUUAGGCCAUUUUCCAGAGCGGCGGCACCAUUUCACAUUCCCACCAACAGUGCACAAGUGUUGCAAUUUCUCCACAUCCUCACCAACACUUGUUGUUUUCUGUUUGUUUAUUUAUUGCUUGAGGAAGACUGGCCCUGAGCUAAGGUCCGUGCCCAUCUUCCUCUAUUUUGUGUGUGGGAUGCCGUCACAGCAGGGCUUGACGAGCAAUGUGAAGGUCUGGGCCUGGGAUCCAAACCCACGAACCCUGAACUUAACUGCUACACUGCCAGGCUCCCGGUCUUCUGUUUUUUUUAACAGUAGCCCAUGGGCACAUGCUUUUGGGGCACACAACUUAGCCCACUGCCCUCUUGGCCGAGCUCCCCUGCACACACGGGGCCAGUAGCGACCUUUGCUAGCGCCCACUGCAGACCUGAUCAGAGCCUUGAAUGUGCCAAGGGGUGACGAGGGGUGAUGUGUGGGGUUGCAGCAUCUUUGUGUGCCCGGUCUGACCCACUCCGGCCCUCAGGGGAGGGCAGCUGGGGGCGCCUGGGCAGUCAGCCAUGCUGGAGCUUUGCCAGGUUUGGGGGCCGGGAGCGCCCCGCAGAGCCUGCUGAGGGACACGUGGGAAUUGAAACCACAGGAAGGGGCGUCCCCCUCAAGGCCUUGUGCAGGGGUCACUGGGGUGAGAGUGAGGAAGUGGGACAGGCGAGCGGAAACAGGUGGAGAAAGCAGAGGAGGGAGCUGGGAGGAAAGCAGCCUGCGGGGGCUUGGGGACAGCAGGUGGCCGUGACCCCCACAGCUGCCGGCAGGGGCUGAGAAGGGACGGGAAAGUGAGGAGAUGGGCAUGGGGACCCGCGUGAGGGGCCCUGCCUGAGGCGUGUCACUUCUCAUGUCACCUCUCCUGUCCCCCUGUCCCCACUGUACCAGCUCUCUCUGCGCCAGACCUGCCUGUGGCUCCCUUUUGGCUGCAGAGUGAACCGGCCCCUUGCUGGCCCACGAGCCCCGGCUCUGGCCUCUGAGACGCUCCACCCUCCUCCCACCCGCCCACCUUGUGCUGUUCCUGGAGCCGGCCAGGGGCCGUCCCGCCAUGGCCUGGGCCUGCCACCUUCCAGUGCUCUCUUUCCUCCAGCUUUUUGCAUGGCUUGGGCACUCACUUCCUUCAGGUCUUGAUGCAACACCACCUCCCUGACCCCUUCCCAUGCCUAGCAUUUCUACCCGCUCCUGUUCCGUUUUUCUCCCUUACCCUUAACAUUAUCUGACAGCUUUGUGAGCAUGCCCACCCAUGGUGUGUGGGGGGCGGACUAUGGUCUGUUUUGCUCGUUUCUGUAUCCCCAGUGCUCUGCUCAGGGGCUGGCAUGGACUGAUGUUUGUUGAAAGAAGAAAUGAAUCCUGGGGCAUUGGUGAGUGUUAUAAGCAGAUGUUCCUGGUGGCUUAAGUAAAAUGAAGGUGUAGCUGUUUCUCUGAAAGGAGGCUACCCAGGGCUGCUAGAGCAAUGUCAUGAACUCUUUGGGGACCCUGGUUCUCCAAACUACACCAUAGUUUUGCUGUUGUCAUCAUGUGGGUUUUACCUCAUGGUCCAAAGUGACUGCUUAUGCUCCAGCCAUCAUGUCCCAUGUGCCAGCCACGGGAACUUGACACUCACUUCAUCUGAAAGCCUCUGAGAUCCCCCGUUAGAUCACAUUUCAGCCUGGUGUGCAGACUCUGCCCCAUUCCUUCCUUCCUUCCUUCUCUUUCUCCCUCCCUCCCUCCCUUUUUGCUUCUUCCCUUCUUUUCUCCUUUCUUCCUUCGUAGCCAAACACUGAGGGCUGCUCUGGUCCAGGCACUGGAAAAAAAGGUGAAGGGGUGGGGAGACCCCCAGUCCAGUGCUACAUGUGCUGAUGGAGGACGGGCCGGCAAAGUAGGAACGCACGGGACAGGCCCUGCCGGUCCGGGACACAGCAACUGCUCCCCACCCACUCCCCCUGCCCCAGCCUUGUCCUCAGGGACUGGGGUGUCUGUUUAGCUCUGUCUCCCCAGCCUGGGGGCUCCUGAGGGUGGGCUAGGGCUGGAUCCUCUCAGGACCCAGCAUUGCCCAGCAUAGGUGGGCACGACAUGGCCCCAGUAUGGGAGGGCGCCAGGAUUUCAACCGCCAUCUCUACACACCAACAACUGCUGGCUGGUCCUGCCAGAUGUCUGCCCUGCAUCCCUCCUCCAAGGCCAGUUAGGACUUUUGUCUUCCACAUGGCUCCCCCACCCCCGGGGCUGCCCCAGGGCCCUUACAGAAACUGCCAGCUCUGGGGACCUUGGCCCCGGGGGGGAACCAGGAGAAGCAGGUGCUGGGGGGCGGGGCAGGGGGCGGGGCGGGGCGGGCAUCUCCCCGGAGACGUGAGGACCGUGCUCUGGCUUCUGACCUGAGGUAGCUGGUCUCCACAGCACCCAGGCCCCUCACAGGCCACCUCGCUCCCAGAGUGCCCCUGAGCUCAGGAACCUGGGGGCCGUGGGGAGGCGAGUGUCUGCUUUGCUCUCAGGGGAGCCCCAGGAGGAGGCCGCAUGAUGGGCGGGCGGCCCUCAAGCCCCCUGGACAAGCGGCAGCAGCAGCACGUGACGGACCGGGUGGACGCCCUGCUGAGGAGCUUCCUGCCCUGCUACCGCGGGCAGCUGGCGGCCUCUGUCCUGCGGCAGGUCGCCUGUGAGCUCAGCCCCCAAGAGCCAGCCGGAUGCCAGCUGCUGCGCAGCAAAAAGCUGCCCCGAGUUCGAGAGCACCGAGGGCCCCUGGUCCAUCUGCGGGGCCACCCACCCCAGUGGCAGCCGGUCUUCUGUGUCCUGCGUGGGGACGGCCGCCUGGAGUGGUUCAGCCAUAGAGAGGAAUAUGAGGACGGGGGUCGUCCUCUGGGCUCCACAGCCCUGACCGGGUACACAGUCCUGACUUGUCAGCGUGAAUACCUCCGCCUGUUGGACACUCUCUGCCCAGACGCCUCAGGAGCCCACACACAGGAGGAGGCUGACCCCCUUCUGGAAAUGCCCGUUGGCUGCCCUCUGUUCCUGCAGCACCCCUUCCGCCGGCACCUCUGCUUCUCUGCGGCCACAAGGGAGGCACAGCGUGCCUGGAGGCUAGCCCUGCAGGGUGGCAUCCGGCUUCGCGGAACAGUCCUACAGAGAAGCCAGGCCCCUGCCGCCUGGGCCUUCCUGGAGGCCGUCCGGCUCUACCGGCAGCACCAAGGCCACUUUGGCGAUGACGACGUGACCCUGGGCUCAGAUGCCGAGGUGCUGACCGCAGUGCUGAUGCGGGAGCUGCUGCCCGCGCUGCGGGCCCAGACCCUGCCGGGCCUGCGGGGGGCCGGCCGAACCCGGGCCUGGGCCUGGACCGAGCUCCUGGACGCCGUCCACGCCGCCGUCCUGGCCAGGGCCUCCGCGGGGCUCCGUGCCUUCCAGCCCGAAAAGGACGAGCUGCUCGCGGCCCUGGAGAGGACGAUCCGUCCCGACGUGGACCAGAUGCUGCGGCUGCGGGCGCGCGUGGCGGGGAGGCUGCGGGCCGAAGUCCAGGGCCCCCUGGAGUCGUGCCUGCGCGGGAAGGUGGCCGUGCAGCUGCCCCGGAUCACGCGGACGCUGGUGAGCACCGUGGAAGCCGCACUGGUGGCAGUGCAGACCCUCCUAGCCCGGGGCGUGGACCGCCUGUCCCGCCACCUGCGUGGGAGCUCCUCGGGCGCGCAGCUGCGCAAGGAGGUUUACGCAUUUGGUGAGAUGCCGUGGGACCCAGAGCUGAUGCAGAUCUGCUACCAAGAGGCCGAGCAGAGUCGGGGGUGCCUGGGGCGGCUGGUGGCGCCAUUUGGCUUCUUGGGGACUCAAAGCCUGGUGUUUGGGGCCCAGGAUCUCGCACAGCAGCUCAUGGCCGACGCUGUGGCCACCUUCCUGCAGCUGGCCGACCAGUGUCUGACCACGGCGUUGGACUGCGACCAGGCCGCCCGGCAGCUGGAGAAAGUCCGGGCGCGCGUGCUGAAGGUGAGGUCGGGGGAGGGCGCGGCCGUGUGCCCGCGCCCCGCCGGCCGCUGGACCGCCCCGUGUGUCCUGCAGAAGUUCCGGUCGGACAGCGGCUCGGCGCGGAGGAGGCGUGUCCGCGGGUGGCUGCUCGGCAUCUUCUUGCCCUUCGUGCUGAGCCAGCUGGAGCAGCGCCGCCGAGUGGAGCUGCCUGCGUUCGAAGCAGACGUCCUUGCCAUGGGCAGCCCAGCCCUGACCAUCGAAGGCAUCUAUGAAGACGUCAUCCGGGGGGUCCUGUCGCAGAGGAUUGAUGGAGAGUUGAAAAAGGCCCUCGGUGCCGCCGAUGUGUCCUCUACUCUGGAUGGCUGCUCAGAGGCCCCAUGGGACCAGGUGGGAGCAGAUGAGGAAACCGAGGCUCAGAGAGGGACUUGCUCCAGGCAGCCAGGCCCCGGAGCUGAGGUCCAGCCACUCUGCCUGCCACCUGCUCCAGAGACAUUCCGGAGCUGAAUCUUUGCCACAUUCGUCCUCGUUCCCAGGGGAGAAACGCCUACUAGUAGAGUUUCUGAGUUGAACCAUGCGCCCCAUUGCAAGGCUUUUGUAACCCCCACGCCUCCCCCUCACUGCUCUCCAAAAAAGCCAGGCCUUUCCUCACUGCCACCAGCAGCAUUGGUGCAUCGUCUCCAUGUCCUGUCCAAACUCUAGCAAUUUUCAUCAAAGAAAAGCUGUCAAUUUGAUAGACACACACACAAAUUUCACUGUUUUAUUUUUAAUUUCUUUGAUGACUAAAUUGAACCUAAAAACAUGUUUAUUGGCCAUUUA